UUCCGGGCAGGCUCCGUCUUUCCGGCGGGGCCAUGGCGCCGUUCCCGUCGGGGCUGCUGGUGCUGACGGCCCCGCUGGGCUCGGUACCGGGCCGGGCGGCGGCUGCGCUGGCGGCGGCGGCGGGGCUGGUGGCGGGGCCGCUCUACGUGCACCUGCAACCGGGGCUGCUCCUGGGGGGCUCCGCACCGCUCCCCGCCGCCCCUCCGCCGGCUCCGGUUUUGCUCCGGGCUUUGGCCGCCCUCUACUCGGCGGCGGCGGCGCACCGGGGGCUGGACGUGCGCGUCCUGCUGGGUCACGGGCACCGGCUGGCGGAGCCGCCCCGCGUCCUGCUGGCCGACGGGGGGGGCGGCGACGAGGACCCGGUGAGCUUCGGGCUCCGGCAGCUGGCGGCCGCCGCUUACGGUUGCCCCCCCGGGUUGCCCACCCUGCUGCUGGGCGACCCCGACGGUCCCCGGGUUGCCCCCGAGGGCACCGAGGGGGAGCUGCCCGCCUACCCCGACGUGGUGGUGGGGGGCACCUUCGACCGGCUGCACGGUGCCCACCGCCUGCUGCUCAGCGCCUGCUGCCUCCUGGCCCGGAGGAGGCUCCUGGUCGGGGUGGCGGACGGGGAGCUGCUCCGCCACAAGGUGCUGAAGGAGCUGAUCGAGCCCUACGAGCUGCGGGCCGCCAAACUGCGCGAGUUCCUGGCGGACGUGCAGCCCGCGGUGCUGUACGACAUCGUGCCCCUGGCCGACCCCUACGGCCCCGCCGCCACCGACCCCGAGCUGAGCUGCAUCGUGGUCAGCGAGGAGACGCGCAAGGGAGGGGAGGCCGUGAACAAGAAGAGACUCGAGAACGGGCUCGCUGCGCUGGAGCUCUUUGAGAUCCAGCUGAUCAAAGACCCCGAGCACAGCCGGAACGAGGAGGAGAAGAUCAGCUCCUCCAGCCUGCGGCAGAGGCUGCUCGGGACGCUGCUGCGGCCCCCACGGGAAGCCCCCACUUUGCCGCCUCGCCCCUACGUGAUCGGGCUGACCGGAGGCACCGGCAGCGGCAAAACCUCCAUCGCCAGGCUCCUGGGGCAGCUCGGAGCCUUCCUCAUCGACGCCGACAAGCUGGGCCACGCCGCCUACCUCCCCGGGGGCCCUGCCUACGAGCGGGUGCUGGCGGCGUUUGGGGCAGAGAUCCUGAGCGAAGACGGGACGAUUAACAGGAAAGUCCUCGGGGCCAAAGUGUUUGGCAACCAGGAGCGGCUGAAGAGCCUCACGGACAUCGUGUGGCCUGAGAUCGCCCGGCUGGUCAGGAAGGAGAUCGGGGAAGCCGAUGCUCAAGGAAAAGCCGUGUGCGUGCUGGACGCGGCCGUGCUGCUGGAGGCCGGCUGGCAGGAGAUGGUGCACGAGGUGUGGACGGCCGUGAUCCCCGAGGAGGAGGCUGUGAAGCGCAUCAUGGACAGGGACGGGCUGAGCGAGGGGGCUGCUCGCAGCCGGCUGCGGAGCCAGAUGAGCAACAGCCAGCGCGUGGAGCAGUCGCAGGUGGUGCUGUGCACGCUGUGGGAGCCCGAAAUCACCCGCAAGCAGGUGGAGAAGGCCUGGGCCCUCCUGCAGCAGCGCCUGAGCCACGCACCCGGAUCGCCGUCCCGCUAACGGCCCCGUGGGACACCGAGCAUCGAGCCGGGACGUGGGGCGAGGGCACCGACCGUGAAACGGGUGCGGAGGGGCUGGGGCUGAACCCCCCCCCGCUGCGUCCCCACCCCGCAGAGGGGCUGGGAGCCCCCUGCCCUGCUGCUGCCGCCGCCGGACGCCGUGACCCCAGGAGUGGGAAUGAGCUGGAAUCGCUGCGGCAGUGCCUUGGGUCAAAGGGCUGAGCCCCCCCCCGCUGGUGCCUGCACGUCCCGAGAGCGGGGGGCACCGCCUGAAGCCCCCCCCCAAACCCCCAGGGCUUGGGGACAGGCCCUGGGCACUGUGAGCCCGUCCCGCUGUGCCAGUUAAAGAGCAGUUUUCCUCGGCA